UGGGGAGCGCGCCCGACGUCUCGGUGGCGCUCGGGGCGCUCAGGCGCAAUCCGGCGAUGGCGUUCCCUGAGCGCUACUACCCGGGGGUGGCCAGCGGCAUCGCGGCUCCUCAGGAGCGUGGCCCGCAGCGCCGCGGGCAGGUGUGCGGCUUCUAGGGCGGCUGGGGUGGCAACCGAUGCCGGGGUCCCCUUUCCGCUUCCCCAGCGCCGGAGGAGUGGCUGGGGAGCGUGGAAGCUAAUUGCGGCUGCUGCUUUCCAUCCGGACGGUACAACCGCCGCCGCGCCCUCAGAGGAGGCGCUUCCCGAAAGCCCGUCUGUUCCUUGCGACUCCUGCCCAGGCUGGGCGCCACCGGCUCCCUGGAGAAACAGUUACUGGGGAUAACUCUGACUCCUGGUGAAGGAUCUGAGCGCAUAGUCAACUGUUCUUUGCUCUCUUAGCACGGCUGUUUUCUUUACCUUUCAAAGCACACACCUUUUAAAACUAGAGUCUGAAAAGGUUUCAAUAUUAAGAAGUUUAUUAUUAUUACUGGACUCUAAAGCACAACAAACAGAAUUGGAAUGGAUUUCCUCUCCACCCAGUGGGUGGGAAGAAAUUAGUGGUUUGGAUGAGAACUACACUCCGAUAAGAACAUACCAGGUGUGCCAGGUCAUGGAGCCCAACCAGAACAACUGGCUGCGGACUAACUGGAUUUCUAAAGGCAACGCACAAAGGAUUUUUGUAGAAUUGAAAUUCACCUUGAGGGAUUGUAAUAGUCUUCCCGGAGUACUGGGAACUUGCAAGGAAACCUUUAAUUUGUACUACUAUGAAACAGACUACGACACCGGCAGGAAUAUAAGAGAAAACCUUUACGUAAAAAUAGACACCAUUGCUGCAGAUGAAAGUUUUACCCAAGGUGAUCUUGGUGAAAGAAAGAUGAAGCUGAACACUGAGGUGAGAGAGAUUGGACCUUUGUCCAAAAAGGGAUUCUAUCUUGCCUUUCAGGAUGUAGGGGCAUGCAUAGCAUUGGUUUCUGUCAAAGUGUACUACAAGAAGUGCUGGUCCAUUAUUGAGAACUUAGCUGUCUUUCCAGAUACAGUGACUGGUUCAGAAUUUUCCUCCUUAGUUGAGGUUCGUGGGACAUGUGUCAGCAGUGCCGAGGAAGAGGCAGAAAAUUCACCCAGGAUGCAUUGCAGUGCAGAAGGAGAGUGGUUAGUACCCAUUGGAAAAUGUAUCUGCAAAGCAGGCUAUCAGCAAAAAGGGGACACUUGUGAACCCUGUGGCCGCAGGUUCUACAAAUCUUCCUCUCAAGAUCUUCAGUGUUCCCGGUGUCCAACCCACAGCUUCUCUGACCGAGAAGGAUCCUCGAGAUGUGAAUGUGAAGAUGGCUACUACAGAGCUCCUUCUGACCCACCAUAUGUCGCAUGCACAAGGCCUCCCUCUGCACCACAGAACCUUAUUUUCAACAUCAACCAAACCACUGUAAGUUUGGAAUGGAGUCCUCCAGCAGACAAUGGUGGAAGGAACGAUGUCACCUACAGAAUACUGUGUAAGCGGUGCAGUUGGGAGCAAGGAGAAUGUGUACCCUGUGGAAGUAACAUUGGAUACAUGCCCCAGCAGACGGGGUUAGAGGAUAACUAUGUCACUGUCAUGGACCUGCUUGCCCAUGCAAAUUACACUUUCGAAGUUGAAGCCGUGAAUGGAGUUUCUGACUUAAGCCGGUCCCAGCGGCUCUUUGCAGCUGUCAGCAUCACCACUGGUCAAGCAGCUCCCUCGCAAGUGAGUGGAGUAAUGAAGGAGAGAGUGCUGCAGCGGAGUGUGGAGCUCUCCUGGCAGGAGCCAGAACAUCCCAACGGAGUCAUCACGGAAUAUGAAAUCAAGUAUUAUGAGAAGGAUCAAAGAGAAAGGAGCUACUCAACACUGAAAACCAAGUCCACCUCAGCCUCCAUUACUAAUCUGAAACCGGGAACAGUGUAUGUUUUUCAGAUCCGAGCUUUCACUGCCGCUGGUUAUGGGAAUUAUAGCCCCAGACUUGAUGUUGCCACACUAGAGGAAGCUACAGGUAAAAUGUUUGAAGCGACAGCAGUCUCCAGUGAACAGAAUCCUGUCAUCAUAAUUGCAGUGGUGGCUGUGGCAGGGACCAUCAUAUUGGUGUUCAUGGUGUUUGGCUUCAUCAUUGGAAGAAGGCACUGUGGUUAUAGCAAGGCUGACCAAGAAGGGGAUGAAGAACUCUACUUUCAUUUUAAAUUUCCAGGCACCAAAACCUACAUUGACCCUGAAACCUAUGAGGACCCAAAUAGAGCUGUCCAUCAAUUCGCCAAGGAGCUAGAUGCCUCCUGUAUUAAAAUUGAGCGUGUGAUUGGUGCAGGAGAAUUUGGAGAAGUGUGCAGUGGUCGUUUGAAACUUCCAGGGAAAAGAGAUGUUGCAGUGGCCAUAAAAACCCUGAAAGUUGGUUACACAGAAAAACAGAGGAGGGACUUUUUAUGCGAAGCAAGCAUCAUGGGGCAGUUUGACCACCCAAAUGUCGUCCAUUUGGAAGGGGUUGUUACAAGAGGGAAGCCUGUUAUGAUCGUGAUAGAGUUCAUGGAAAAUGGAGCCCUGGAUGCGUUUCUCAGGAAACAUGAUGGGCAAUUUACAGUCAUUCAGUUAGUAGGAAUGCUGAGAGGAAUUGCCGCCGGGAUGAGAUAUUUGGCAGAUAUGGGAUACGUUCACAGGGACCUUGCAGCUCGCAACAUUCUUGUCAACAGCAAUCUUGUUUGUAAAGUGUCAGAUUUUGGCCUGUCCCGGGUUAUAGAGGAUGAUCCUGAAGCUGUCUAUACAACUACAGGUGGAAAAAUUCCAGUAAGGUGGACUGCACCUGAAGCCAUUCAAUACCGGAAAUUCACCUCAGCCAGUGAUGUGUGGAGCUAUGGGAUUGUCAUGUGGGAAGUGAUGUCUUAUGGAGAACGACCUUAUUGGGACAUGUCAAAUCAAGAUGUCAUAAAAGCAAUAGAAGAAGGUUAUCGCUUACCAGCACCCAUGGACUGCCCAGCUGGACUACACCAGUUAAUGCUGGAUUGUUGGCAGAAAGAACGGGCAGAAAGACCAAAGUUUGAGCAGAUAGUCGGAAUUCUAGACAAAAUGAUUAGAAACCCCAGUAGUCUGAAAACACCCCUGGGAACCUGUAGUAGGCCCAUCAGCCCUCUUCUGGAUCAGAGCACCCCUGACUUCACUGCCUUUUGUUCAGUUGGAGAAUGGUUGCAAGCUAUUAAAAUGGAAAGGUAUAAGGAUAACUUCACAGCAGCGGGUUAUAACUCACUCGAGUCAGUGGCCAGGAUGACUAUUGAUGAUGUGAUGAGUUUAGGGAUCACGCUGGUUGGUCAUCAAAAAAAGAUCAUGAGCAGCAUCCAGACUAUGCGAGCACAAAUGCUGCAUUUACACGGAACAGGCAUCCAGGUGUGACGUGCAGGUCUCCCUCAUGUGAGUCUGAUGACUACAGGAGAACAGCUCUGGCCUUCAGUAUAUGCAUAGAAUGCUGCUAGAAGACAGUCGAUAUACUGGGUCCUUCCUACAAUAAAGAGAAGAUUUUAGAAGCACCUACAGACUUGAACUCCUUAAGUGCCACCAGAAUUUACAAAAAGGGAAUUUAGGAUCCACCACUGGUGGCCAGGAACACAGCAGUGACAAUAAACAAAGUACUACCUGAAAAACAUCCCAACACCUUGAGCUCUCGAACCUCUUUUUAUCUUAUAGACUUUUUAAAAUGUACAUAAAGAAUUUAAGAAAGAAUAUAUUUGUCAAAUAAAAUCAUGAUCUUAUUGUUAAAAUCAAUGAAAUAUUUUCCUUAAAUAUGUGAUUUCAGACUAUUCUUUUCCAAAACCAUCUGUGUUUAUUCUGCAUAAGGACUUUGUUUUAGAAAGUUAUUUGUAGCUUUGGACCUUUUUAGUGUUAAAUUUGCAACACGUUACUACACUGGGUACCUUUGAAAGAAUCUCAAACUUAAACAAAAACAAAACUACACACAUAGUUGAGGAUAUGACUUUGUCAUUCAUGGCUCUGCUAUCCUUGCUGUGUCAGUUUGUUUUGUUUAACCAGUGAUGUUUUGAUAUUGUUUGCUGAUUGGCAGGUAGUUCAGAAUUGCAAGUUGCCAAGAGCUCUGAUAUUUUUUAAUGGGAUUUUUUGUUUUGUUUUGUAAAAAUCCUACAACAUACUAACUUUUCAAUGGAAAAAAAAAAGCAAUAAUGAUCCAUAAAUGCUAUAAGGCACUUUUAACAGAUUGUUUAUAGAGUGAUUUACUAGACAGAACUUAAUAAAAAAUGUCAAAUUUUAGGUUUAUGUGUAUAUGGUAAAAGGCUGAGGCUGCAUUUGAAGAUGCUGGUGAAAGGCAGAUCUGGAGGCAGGAGUUCUCCAGCAUUAGCUAAAAUCCAAUCUGAGCACAUCAAGAGCUUCAGUCUUGUAAGAAAUUUAGGAGAAAUAGUUAACCUAUAUUUUGUAUUCCUUCUUGUUGAAUGCAGUCCAAAUACAAAAGUAAAGAAUUAAGUUUUCUAUUGUUACUUGGAAGAAAGAUCAAAGGGACAGUUCACUUCUCACCACUCAAAGAUGAAUUUGCCAGAACAAUUACCACCAUUGCAGUGAGAAGGCGAAACAGAGGUAUUUUAUCUAUGAACACUGACACACAAACCUCUUUCAGAUAAAAACUCUCUUAUCCCCGAAGGAAGAAGGGUCUGGCUUUUCCGUUUCCAUUUUAUUUAUUAAACCAUAGUAUUUGCUUACUGUGUUAGAAUUUCAUAAGCAAUAAUUAAAUGUGUCUUUAUAGAUAUUUCAGGAAUGUAUACAUAUUUGAGUAAUGUUUUCAAAAGUUACAAAAAUCAUGAACUACCCCAAACUGAACUGUUGUACUUCCAAAGACAAUUGGGCUGUUUAUAAUGAUCUUAAUAGAGAAAGAUCCCAGGGAUCGGUCCUAAUUGGUGUUUGGUAAUGUGGACAUCCACAAACAAACAGACAGGUAACAAGCAAAAUCUGUAAAUGUUCCUUUGUAAAACUUGUAAAUUUUAUUUAUACCGUCUUGUUUUGUAUACACAUAUUCUCAGUAGUGGCUCUGAGUACAUUGAAAAUGCACUAUAUUUUUCUAUUUUACUUGCAGAGCUUCACAAAGAAACAGGUAUUUUCAGUGCUACAUAAUGUGUUUUCCCACAUUUAGGACCAAAGAUGGCUAUAGAAAACUCAAAUGGAUUGCUUCCCAAACCCCUCCAUAUCUCACCUUUUUUUUUUCUUUUAUCACUGUACAGUGUUAUUUGAUAUUUUAAUUUAUUUUUUGAUUAAGUAGAAAAUUCAUUUUAAUUUCACUAAAAUGUUUUUGUCCCUAAGGAAAAAUAAUCUGUAAAAAUAGGUUUUAAUUAGCAUAAUCCAGUCACCUAGACACUUCCAUUUGUAAUCUUUGUAAUAGACUGUAAAUAUAUUUUUGGAAAUAUAACACAAUGUGCUUGAGGGUUAUUUUUCAGUGUCUGCAGUGUAUACAAGUGUUUAUACUAAGUACAGCACUUUACAGUUUAAUCAGUAGCAUUGGCCUUUGUGCGAAUGAGUGAGAGCUUGAGCGAGUGUUCUCUAAUUCCGUUUGGAUUCUGGACUCACUAAUAAUGAAGUUCUUUUCUUGUUCAUAGCUUAAGGUGCUUAUUUUUUCUAUUAAAAUUAAAUUAACAAAAAGCCAUUCUAGAAAUAGAAGACACAAUAUGGUACAUGCAGACAGUCUUUCCUGCUUUUUCUAGUAAUAGAUUUAUAGUUGAGUAGUCUUUCUUGAAUAGAAGGGCAGAAUAAAAGUGGGUUUCUUUGAGUUUUUUUUUUCCAAAAAUAACCUUUUCCUUCAGCAAUAUACCUCAUCUGCCUUAAAUUUUUUACAGCUAUUUACAGGGAAAGGGGAGAAGGGAUGAGAAAGACUCACAGCACAAUAGGAAGGGGAUGACUGCAUGGCACUCUCUUAUUUGUAGGUUUCUUUUCCUAGUCAAACUAUGAUUUUGAAGUACAUGUAUAUGAAACAAACAUGAGGAGAAAAAAGAAUUGACAUUGUGAACCUGAUUGUAAUCCUCUCUCCCGGAAAGAGAUGAGAUGCUAUUGCAAUGAGAAUGUACAACCUGCACCUUGAAUCUUUUUUGAUAAUUAGUGCUCAGGGGAGGAAAAGGAGAGAAAGCAAAUGCCCAACAGAGAAUUCCAAAACUAUAAAACAUACAACAGAAAAUGGCCUCCUUGCUUUAAUACAGCCACCUUUUACAGAACACCGCCCGCCCACUUGACCUGGUUUGCAUUCAGUACUUAAGUAACUUGUUACAUUGGGAGCUAAUAUUUUCUCAGCAAUGGCUCAGGGCCUAGUUUACUAAAACUGGUGGCUCAUGCUUCUCAGAGCACUAUUAGUUGAAUCGUAUUGUAUACUUAUGUAAUCUAUAUUAGCUAGUACUAUUUAGGACUAUAUUUUAAUUGCUCCUGUUACUGGUGUUUUUAAGACAAUUGAAAGGGUGUAAGUCACCUCCUUUUUAUUUAGGUCAUGCUGGUUCUCCCCUCCCCCUUUUGUUUCCUGAGCAGUUUAAAGCUGUACUGCUCACUUAUGUGCAUGUUCCAAUGAAUUACUGAUGUGUAUUCUUUUUCUUUUUUCUUUCUUUUUUUUUUUUUUUUUAUUGCUAUAUGUGGAGAAAUCACGGGGAACUCGGGGCGAAAUAUGCUCUUUUGUUGGUUGAAUUUUGUCCCUCCUUGCCUAAAAAUUACUACAGGGGUCAUCCUUUUAUAAGGACAAAAUGCUUUUGAACAGUGUCUUCAAUGUAUCAAGCACAAAUAACUCUUUCUUCAACAAGAAUCAUAAGUCUCUUUUUACCAGCUUAAAAUAAUAAACAAGUCUAUUAGACAAUGUAAAGAAAUUCCUGUCUCCAGUCAUUGGUGGGUUCAUUCACAUUCGGUAUCCUUUCUUUUCUUAUCUAAUAUCAUGGGAGAUAAGAUUUUGUGAAAAUAGUCCAGUGGGUUGAUCAGAAUAUGAAUAAAACUGAUUAUUCCUGCUCUCCCUCUUGUAUAAUGACCUAAUUUCUCUCUAAUCACUGACUAUGAAAUAACAGGACUGUUUACAAAGGGCCAGAUUGUUGAACAUUUCAGUUAAAACCUGUUUUUGUUUGUUUCUGAGGCGUCUACAUGAGAAUAACAAGAGUAUUUGCAUAAGAAAGGAAGCAUUUUGUCGUUGGCCCUUGGCAGACAUGUUAAACAUCUGACAUAGCAAACUGACUCUAGGGCACAUUUGCAUUUAUACUACGUGGUAAUGCAAACAGGAACCAAUACAAAGGGAAACUGGGACCCAGUUGGUUCUCUGAUCCAGCUGUGAAGUACAGACCCUGGCUUAGUGAUCAGUUUACAAAUGAAAGUAAGAAAAUCAAGCACUCUUGGGGCAUCACCAUCUAAAGAUGAAAAAUGAAUAGCAGAUGUUGCAAGAAGAUAGCCAUUGUGGUGAGGUACCCAGUGCUGGUGCAAGGCCGUCUUACCUGUGAUGACCCUUAUGCUAGUCUGAACCAAAAAGCAAGCAGACUAUUGAAACUUAGGGAUACCCUGCCCAUUCCUACUGAAAAUGGUAAUAUAAUGAUCAAAGAUGUAUGUCAGUAACAAAGAGAGAAAAGCCCAUCAUUAAUUGUACAUAGUGAGUGAUAACACCAUACAGAAGGGGAGCAAUUCCCUGAUAUGAGAAAAUAUUAUAGUUCUGUCUUUAUAUGUGGUGUAAAAGCAGCAUCUUAUCACAAUGGCUUUUCCCAGAGUUAUUAAGAUAAAACUUAUAAGCAAGUGACUACCAAGAAGCAAAAAAUCAUUUCACUAUUUACUAUAUACAUCAGUUUUCUUUUGGUAUAGCAUUUAUUUUUGCUUUUUCUUUUUGCUGUGUAUUUUCAGCUUCAAUUAAAACUCAGUAUCAGUUCUGAGGAAAGCUUCUGAAAGAAGACAUGAAUAUAAAAAAUAAAUAAGUAUAAGGGGGGGAAUCAAGUUCCUACGUACAAAUAUCAUAACCACAUUCAUUAACAAGUUAUAAAAGCCAGCACAUGGGAUAUUUUAAAACCACUGAGAAGCAGUGUGCCUGAGUCUGUGUUGUCAGUAAGUGCUUUUCUGUGCUCACUUCUUUGUCUGCAUCUCAACAUAGACUAACAAAUGUAGGCAGGAGCAUAGUAGCACUGCAGUACAAAUUUUGUGAGCUGCAUUAAAGUUAAGUGCUAGAGGGUAUUUU